GGGUGUGGCUGCCGCAGGCCACGCCCCGCGGCGCGCAGGUGCCCGCAGCCCGGCGGAUGGCAGCGGGCGCUGAGGAGAUGCUGAGCUUGAUGGAGGUUGGCGGGUCCCUGCUGGAGCGGGUGGCCGUCGGUAACCCCCUCUCCCUGGUGCUGGCCGCCUCCGCCUUCGCGCUGAGCCUCGGCUACCUGUUCCAGCUGGGUUACCGGCGCCACGUCGGGUCCGACCAGAGGAAAUACCCACCUUAUAUUUCAUCAAGCAUCCCUUUCCUUGGACAUGCAAUCGCAUUUGGAAAAAGUCCCAUUGAAUUUUUGGAAAAUGCUUACGACAAGUAUGGACCUGUGUUCAGUUUCACUAUGGUUGGCAAGACAUUCACAUACUUACUGGGUAGUGAUGCUGCUGCUCUACUCUUCAAUAGUAAAAAUGAAGAUUUGAAUGCAGAGGAUGUAUACUCUCGGUUAACUACACCAGUUUUUGGCAAGGGAGUUGCUUAUGAUGUCCCUAAUCCGGUAUUUUUGGAACAGAAGAAGAUGCUCAAAACUGGGCUAAAUAUUGCCCAAUUUAGACAGCACGUAUCUGUGAUUGAAGAAGAAACAAAGCAGUAUUUCAAAGCGUGGGGAGAGAGUGGAGAAAAAAACCUGUUUGAAGCCCUUUCAGAACUUAUCAUUUUGACAGCGAGUCAUUGCUUACAUGGGAAAGAAAUAAGAAGCUUGCUGAAUGAGAAGGUGGCUCAGCUGUAUGCCGAUUUGGAUGGGGGUUUCACUCAUGCUGCCUGGCUUCUGCCAGGUUGGCUACCCCUGCCUAGCUUCAGACGUCGAGAUCGAGCACACAGAGAAAUAAAGAAUAUUUUCUACAAGGUUAUCCAGAAACGUCGAAAGUCUGAGGAAAAGGAGGAUGACAUGCUCCAAACUCUACUUGAUGCUUCAUACAAGGACGGCCGUCCGCUGACAGAUGAUGAAAUUGCUGGAAUGCUUAUUGGGUUGCUGCUAGCGGGGCAGCACACGUCCUCCACCACCAGCGCCUGGCUCGGCUUCUUCAUAGCCAGAGACAAAUCCAUACAGGAGCAGUGCUAUGCAGAACAAAAAGCAGUUUGUGGGGAUGAUUUGCCACCGUUAACUUAUGACCAGCUCAAGGAUCUCAGUUUGCUGGAUCGCUGUCUAAAAGAAACUUUAAGGCUUAGACCUCCUAUAAUGACCAUGAUGAGAUUGGCCAAAACUCCGCAGACUGUUGCAGGAUAUAAUAUUCCCCCUGGCCAUCAAGUCUGUGUAUCUCCCACUGUUAACCACAGACUGAGGGACUCCUGGAAGGAUGCUCUAGACUUCAAGCCUGACCGCUAUCUCCAAGAUAACCCAGCAGCUGGAGAGAAAUUUGCGUACGUCCCGUUUGGCGCUGGCCGUCAUCGCUGCAUUGGAGAAAACUUUGCUUACGUUCAGAUUAAGACUAUUUGGUCUACUUUGCUUCGUUUGUAUGAAUUUGAUCUCAUCAAUGACUAUUUUCCGACUAUAAAUUACACAACAAUGAUACACACACCUAAUAACCCCAUUAUCAGCUAUAAGAGGAGGUCACUGUAAAAGGAGCUAAAACCUUACUUAUCUGUGUAAACUAACAAACAGACUUUUGAAUAAAAUUGUGACAGUGUGUGGCAAAUGGAAACCAUUGCAUCUACUGUUAGGAAGACAACAAUACUUACCAACUGCAAAGGUGUUGCAUCCGUUUUGUUUGUUUGCCCACACCAUUUAAUGCUGCUGGGUAUAAUUGCUUGUUCUACAAAUUUCUCAUUGCAUUUUUAAAGGAAAAAGUGUUUUUUCUAUUGGUGUAACACUCUUUAAAGUGAAGAAAUAAGUAAUGUCUGUAAAUGGAACUCUGUGCUUUUGAAAAAUAACUGAAGAUUACUUUUCCCCGGAUACUAGCGGGGUAAGACCGCGUGCCUUCCCUCUGCAUCCAGUUAGAGCAACUGCGCCAGGGAGGAGGCAGCAAAGGGGAGCGCAGACCGUGGUGCCCUACUUCGGGUACUCGUCAUUCUCUUCCGAGUGAACUAGCUCCCAUCUUGGCUGCUUCGUACUUAAGAAAAAUGUUACCGUACAGCUGAGUAGUGGGCAGACUGCAGAAUGUUCACAGCGAAGUCUUUUCUGAGAAUAAACGAGUUAAAUGUCUAACUUAAAGCAGUUGUAAAAUGCUUAGGUGCAGAAAGCAACAAUUUUCUAAAAUUUUCUGAAAGCUUGAUGUAAGUGUGAAAGUAACAAUAUGUGAUACAAACAACAUUAAUUUUGUAAAUAAUGUGUUUGUGUAUAAAGUGGUCACAAAUGAAGUGAAAUAGCUGAAUGUUGUCCCCCUUUGUAGUGACUCCUGCAGGAUUUCAAUGAUGUUUAAGAGUGGUGGUGAUAAAUGGUAAUGAGCUCUGGCUCACAGGAACUUUGAAUUAAAUUUAUAAACAAA